GGCAAACCGACGGCGACGCCGACACAUGACGAACGAGUGUGUGUGUCCGACGUGCGCGUGCGAGCUUGUGUGACAAACCCCGAAAACCCUUUGUAGGAAGUGCGCUCGGUACGAAUGGUCGUCGGACGACAAUGUCCAACGGUCAGCUGCGUAUAAUAAUUGUAUUAUUAUCGUCGUCGUCGUCGUCUUCGCCUUCGUCGAUACCGUUUCAAUCGUUCCCGCAGUCGCAGUUGUCGUCGUCGUCGCCGUGACUUUUGGCCGAGACGCAACGGCUGCAUAUUUUGUUUUAUCAUUAUCACUGUAUAGUAUACCCGUCGUCCGUAUCACGUCGGCGGCAUCGAGGAGAUAAGGCGAGGGUCCGGCGGCGGGCACGCUGCAGGAAUGAAAAUCAAACAUGCCAACAACAACAACAACAACGACAUGGAAAGACAACGAGCAGAGUCGACGUUCACCAUCAUUUCAAAGGUCAAGAAUUCGCCCAACGUGAACACUGUGGUGAAAUGGCUGAGGUCCAACAAGUUACUCAUAUUGAUCUUGGUAUCGGUCGUAUUCGGAGUGCUCCUGGGAUUGACAUUAAGACCGUUGAAUCUUAGCAGUGACACAAUCACUCUAAUUUCAUAUCCCGGUGACCUUUUCUUGAGGACUCUUAAGUUGAUGGUGUUACCAUUCAUUAUAUCAUGUUUAAUUAUAGGUGCUGCUAAUUUGGACAUAAGCAAAAACGGCAAUGUUGCAGUCCGAACAAUCGUGUAUUUUGUCCUUACGUCUGUAUUUAAUGUCUGCUUAGGGUUAACGCUCGGUCUGCUCGUUCAUCCUGGCAGUCCAGAUUUAAGGUUGACAAAUACCACGUCGUUUUCAGGGCCUAAAAAAAUGAAUGUUAUGGAUGGAUUUUUAGAUAUGGGAAAGAAUUUAUUGCCAGAAAAUUUGUUUCAAGCUACAAUUCAACAAACAUUGACCGAAUAUGAGACCGUUAUGAGUUUAAAUAACACCAAAACAUUGAAAAAAGUCGUAAAAUACAAGGACGGUACAAAUACAUUGGGCAUAAUAUUCUUUUGUCUGAUUUUCGGAACCGUACUGGGCACGAUGGGUGAACGUAAGAAACCCGUUUUGAACUUCUUCACAGUCACCUACGAAGUAAUGCAAAAGAUACUCACCGGAGUGAUUUGGUUUACGCCCAUUGGAGUGGCCAGCGUCAUAUGCGGGAAGAUCAUCACACUGGCCGAUCUCACCACCACGUUGGUCCAGCUCAGCUUAUUCAUCGUAACGACAGUUGGCGGUUUCCUAUUCUAUCAGCUGAUAGUUAUACAAAUCAUUUAUUUUGUAAUAGUGAAGAAGUCUCCGUGGCCGUACUACGUGUCACUGGGACCCGCUCUAGCCACCGCGUUUGCCACUGCUUCCAAGUCAGCAUCUCUUCCAAUAACAUUUAAAGUGUUGGACGAAAAAUUAAAGAUGAAUCCAAAAAUCACAAAAUUUGUCCUUCCAAUCGGUACAAUCAAUAUGGACGGUUCAGCUCUGUACCUAAGUGUAGCACUAUUAUUCUUGGCACAAAUCAAUAAUUUGCAACUAGGCAUUGGAGAAAUUUUCACAAUCGGGUUAGCUUGCACAGCUGCAAGUAUGUCUUCGGCUGCUAUUCCGUCGGCCGCUAUCGUCUUGGUAGUAAUGCUGUGCAGCGUCAUCAACAUACCCACCGAAGACGUAUCUCUUUUGUUUGCUGUUGAUUGGCUAGUGGACAGGUUCAGGACUACGAAUAACUUAAUCGGAGAUUGUUACACAGUGGCCAUCGUUCAACAUUUAUCUAAAGAGGAAUUAGAACAGGACGACGAUUUAAGUGAGAAAGAAGUCGAAGAAGUACAUGUCAACGGCACGUUUGUUAUGCAAGAACAAGAACAAAACGCACACACAAAUCAGAGUUUUACCAACACUCCAGUAUAAAGUAUAAUAUAUUAUUAAUUUUAUUUAUAAUAUAUGCAACGACUGCGAAGAGUUUCCAGCAUUAUAUUUAUAUAAAAUGUAUAUUAUGUACAACACAGGCUGUUAAAUAUUGUACUUGCUGCAGACGACAAUUCAUCAUAUAUUAUGACUCUAACGUAUUAUUAUUAUUAUAAGUAGUAUUAGUUUCUUUCUUAUUUUUAUUAUUAUUCUUCCAUGUUCGUACGACCAUUUAAACCGCGUACCCAUUUUUUUCAUGAUUUUUUUUUUAAGAAAGCGCGAUGGUAAAAUCUAAAUUGUCUAAAAGUCAUUUGUAAAUAAAAUAAUCAUUCGACGUAGAUGUGGAUAUUGUGACAAUCGAAAAUUGAAACAGUCGAAUAGUUUAUGCGGGUGUCUAUAUACGAGACUAUACAGUAUAUACAGAAGGUAACAUCGGAUAUUUUUGAAUUUAAAUUGACGGUUCAAUAUUCAAAUACGGCACAUUUCUAGUAGUUUUCUUGUUUUACUCUCUUGCUUUUUAUAUUUACUACAAAACUCUGUAAGACUCGUGAACGCAAACUAAAAAAACGGAUGGCAAUUUUAUUGCAUCGUAUUUUAUGCUAUUUUAGCCUUUGUGGCUAAUAAUAUUAUCAUAUAUCCUGCUUAGACCUGUCACACGAUCAAUACCUCAUUGUCGAUGAUUAAUAUAAUCGUUUUUAAAAUUUAUUUAAGUAUAUCACCUCGUUUAUAUUGUAAGAGUAAACGAGAACACUUUCAUUGUUUUGUCAUUUAUAUAUUCGAGAAAUUAUUAGUAUUAAUUGUACAAUUAGUACAACAUUUAAACGACCUAAAACUGUUUAAAACAUUUUAUGUUACCCUCGUCGUGCUCUCUUGAAAUUAUUAUUAGAUAUAGUUAUUUGUGUUUUUUAUCAUGUCAGUAUAUGUUACUAUAAUAUAAUAUAAUACCUAUCAAAUAGUAUGUAUACCUACCUGCCAUAUGUUCAUUAUUCAUAAUUUAAUUAAUUUUAUGCAUUUAUAUACAAAAUUAUAAUAUACAUAUAAACAUUUAUAGUUAUUGAAUUAUUAUCGUUUUAGUAUUUAUA